ACAAUGUUUGUGGUUGAUAAGUAAUGAACCAUGUUUGUUCUUAUCAAACAACUGAGUUCUGAAAAGUCAGAAAUAUCUCAACUUGAUCCAGACAGGAGCAAGGCAACAAGUCACAAAAAAAAAAAGCUUGGGAAAAAGACAAGACACAAAUUAUUCUGUUCAUCAGAUGAAUGAUUUAUUGAUUUCUAAAGUCUUUUCAAUAGUCAACUAAUUCGCUUCUUUUAAGUCUCUCUGUAUCCUUCCUUGGUCACGUUCUGUCUUUUCGUUUCUAAUCACAGAAAAAAUAUUCUCUAUUAUCCAUGGGAUCUCCACCAUCUGUAUUAUGUCUAAUCUUAUUACUCUUGUUUCAUCAUAUUCCUUGUGUUACAAGCCAGCGAGCACCACGUGGGUUUUGUGAUACCCUAAUCCACUGUGGCAACAUCUCAGUUGGCUUCCCUUUCUGGGGAGAGAAUCGUCAUCAAAGAUGCGGUCAUCCUUCUCUGAAACUUAACUGCAACAAACACUCAAACACAACCACUCUUUUCAUCUCAGGCUACAACUACAGUCUCCUCCAUAUAGACAACACGACCAACAUCAUUCGACUUUUCAGACAAGAUUUCUCAACUUCUUUCUGCUCCGCUUCAUUCUCCUCCGCACCUUUGCCUUCUGUACUCUUCCAGAAUUUGCCUUCUUACAAAAGCCUCACCGUCUACUACUAUUGUGACCCUCGCCGCAAUUUACUUGGGAACUUCACAUGUCCAUAUCCAGAGAAAGGUCUUGGCUCGCUGGUUCAGUUCUCCAAAUAUCGUAAGCUUUGUGAGAAGAGUUUCAAAGUCACAGUUCCUACAAGCUACGUCCCAGAUGAACAAGCUUUGAGUUUGACCCAUUUGGAGAGUGUUCUCAAAAAAGGAUUUGAGGUGAAGAUGACGAUUGGUGAAAAGUUUUGCCAAGACUGUAUUAUCCCUGGUGGACACUGUGGCUUAAUUUGCAGUGAUACAAUGUAUACAACUGGUGGAACUUACCGCAUGAAUCGAUCCAUUGUGAUCACAUUUGGUUCAGUUGUAGGGAUAAUAUUAACUGUAUAUGUUGCGGUUCUUCUUGCAUUUGUUUUAAGCGAAAGAAGGGCAAUCAAUGCUGGGAGAGAUCAUAACCUCGAGGCACUUGUAAGCCUGAGACGGUAUAGUUAUGGACAAAUCAAGAGGAUCACAAAAUCAUUCACAGAAGUAGUUGGGAGAGGAGGAUUUGGAACUGUAUACAAGGGGAAGUUGAGUGAUGGUAGCAAAGUUGCAGUAAAAGUCUUGAAUGAUUCAAAGAGCGAUUGUGAAGAUUUCAUCAACGAAGUUGCAAGCAUGAGCCAAACUUCUCAUGUUAACAUCGUUUCUAUGCUUGGUUUCUGUUAUGAAGGUUCCAAAAGAGCGAUUAUAUAUGAGUUUCUAGAGAAUGGGUCUUUGGAUCAGUCAUCGAAUCUCGAUGUGAGUACGUUAUAUGGAAUAGCGCUAGGGGUUGCUAAGGGAAUUGAGUACUUGCACUACAGUUGUAAAACAAGAAUCGUGCAUUUUGAUAUUAAACCUCAGAAUGUACUGUUAGAUGGAAAUCUCAGACCCAAGGUUGCUGACUUUGGUCUCGCAAAGCUCUGCGAGAAGCAAGAAAGCAUCUUGUCAUUGCUUGACACUAGAGGAACUGUCGGGUACAUUGCUCCAGAGUUGUUUUCAAGAAUGUAUGGAAGCGUGUCUCACAAGUCUGAUGUGUAUAGCUAUGGAAUGUUGGUUCUUGAGAUGGUGGGAGCAAGGAACAAAAGAGUCGAAAAUGCUGAUGCAAACAACAGCUCGGUUUACUUUCCGGAUAGCAUCUAUGAAGAUCUUGAAAUUGGAAAUAGCACAAGGUUUCUAAGCGAUGAAAUAACACAAGAAGAAGAAGAUCUUGCCAAAAAGAUGAUCUUGAUUGGUCUUUGGUGUGUUCAGUUACGCCCAUCAGAUCGUCCAUCUAUGAACAAAGUCGUAGAGAUGAUGGAAGGUAGCUUGGAUACUCUUCAAGCCCCUCCUAAGCAUCUCUUGCAAAUGCAAAAUGUUGGAGAGUCUUCUCAGCCAUCAGGUGAAAGUUCCUCAAUUUUUUCUAGGAAGUAUGAUUCCAUGAAUGUUGAGAGCCAAUAAAUGUUUAUUUGUAGAAUUGAAGUUGUUUUGUUGUAGUCGCCAAAUGUCACAUAUACAUUUUCAAUUGUUAAAACUUUCGAAAAAAUGUAAGAAAUAAAUAAUGACUUGAUAUGUUUGGUUGUUGUUUAUAAAUUAUUUUGUUACU